CCACUGUUAAUCUGCAGAGCUACCUGAAGAGAAGUGCAUUCAAUUGAUUUCCACGGUGACCACAGCUCACAGAGGUUAGAGUUAAUUAUUGAUCUCUCUCAUCUGGAGAGAGUCAUUCUGCUCGCCUCAAAGGAGCUACCGAAGGAGCAGGCCCUAAGAGAACCUCAAUCCAGGAUCACCCAAGAACGCCUGGGACUGACUCAAACAAGCUGCCCCCCAGCUGUGAAGAAGAUAAUUGCUUUCUUCAACAGAAGGGCUUCAACCUCCUAACACUCAGUGGAUCUGAAUGCUCUUCUGGACGUGUGUCAUUGCCAUCACCCUUCAUGUGGGCACCCAGGGCUUAUCUCCACUACCGGUCAGUUGAGUGAUGAACUUCAGCAGAGAGGUGGCACGACAGACCAGUUGUUACACAUAUGUGAUAGAGGAUGAGGAUCCAGAGCUGGGAAGCCUAAAUGUAUUUGAGUUGGCUGAGAGGGGUGACCUGGCUCUCCUGGAAAACCUGGUGAAGAAGAGCCCAGAGGUCCUGAGUGAGAAAGAUGAAUGUGGAGCUAGUCCCCUUCAUCACGCCGCCGGAGGAGGCUACGUCACCCUCAUGCAAUUCAUCACCACUGCCAUAGACUCACAGGAACUGAACAGCAGUGAUGAGCAGGGCAACGUGCCCCUACACUGGGCAGUGGAGAGGAACAAGGCAGAGAGCUGCAGGGCUCUUCUGGACCUCGGGGCCAACCCAAACAUCCUCAACACGGCCCUCCUGUCCCCUCUGCAUCUGGCUGUCAACCACGGACACAACAGCCUGGUGGAGCUGCUGCUGUCAUACAGUACUACAGACUGCAAUCUGCAGGGAGACCUUGGGAACACCCCGAUGAUACUGGCUUGUUCCAUCAAUAACUGGGAGGCUCUCAGCAUAUUGCUAAAGCAUGGAGCACGGCUCUGCCAACAGAACAAACUCGGCCAUUUCCCCAUCCACGCAGCUGCCUUCGCAGGUGCAAAGAAAGCCAUGGAAGUCAUCCUGAAGGCCGGAGAGGAGAUUGGCCAUCAAGUUGAAGCCCACAUCAAUUAUUUAGACAAGUCCAAGAGCAGUCCCCUCCACCUAGCAGUACGUGGUGGGAAUAUCGAGGCCAUCCGUCUCUGCCUUGCUACCGGGGCCAAAGUUGACCAGCAACAGAAUGACAAGUCCACGCCGCUUCAUUUGGCCUGCACCCAGGGUGCCACUGAGGUAGUCAAACUGAUGCUGUCCUCUUUUGACCAAGUGGAAGACGUCAUCAACCUAAGUGAUGGGGCAUGUCAGACCCCUCUACACAGGGCUACAAUAUUUGACCACACAGAGCUGGCAGAGUACCUAAUUUCUUUGGGUGCAGACCUUAAUGCCAUUGAUUGUAAAGGAAACACUCCCUUGCUGCUGGCUUCGAGCUGCGGGGCAUGGAGAACUGUGACUCUACUACUGUCAAAAGGGGCAAAUGUAAAUGUGAAAGACAGAUGCGGUUGUAACUUCCUUCACCUGGCCAUUCUACAGCCCAAGGGUCUAAAAAACCUCCCAGAAGAAGUUCUGCAGAAUAACAGUGUAAAGGCACUGCUGAGCUGUGAGGAUAACGAGGGCUGCACCCCACUCCACUACGCUUGCAGACUGGGUAUCCAUGACUCAGUGAAGAACAUGCUGGGCCUCUCGGGGGAGGUUGGCCUCACAUGCAAGUCCAAGGACAAGAAAUCUGCCCUGCACUUUGCUGCUCAGUAUGGGCGCAUCAAUACAUGUCACCGAAUAUUAGAGACCAUCACAGACUCUCGUCUGCUAAAUGAAGGUGAUGAGCGAGGCCUGACACCACUCCAUUUAGCUUCAAGAGAGGGGCACACCAAGGUGGUGCAGCUGUUGUUGCGCAAAGGAGCUCUCUUUCACAGUGAUUACAAGGGCUGGACAUGUCUGCACCAUGCUGCAUCUGCAGGAUACACACAAACUAUGGAAAUUCUCCUGUCAGCCAAUCUCAAGUUACUGGAUAAAACAGAUGAGGAUGGGAACACUGCACUCCACAUCGCAGCGAGAGAGGGACAUGUGGCUGCAGUCAGGCUCAUGCUGGCUCGGGGAGCAGAGAUCGUCUUAAACAAGAAUGACACGUCAUUCCUCCACGAAGCUCUGCAAAACGGGAGAACAGAAGUGGUCAACGCUAUAAUUGACAGUGACAGAUGUACUGAGGCUUUGAGACUGUUCAAACAUGGGUCCAGCCAGCGAUGUCCCAUACUAGACAUGAUUGAGUUUCUGCCUGAGACCUACAAGCACCUGUUGGAUCGCUGUGUGAGGGAAUCUGAUGAUGACUACAACAGUCCUGACUACCAUAUUGAAUACAGUUUCACAUGGCUCCAAGCUCCCCUUGCAGCGCAGAAGUCAAGUGACAAAACCAUGAGGAUUCAGCCACUGGUUGCACUCAACGCGAUGGUGCAGUACAACCGCAUUGAACUCCUGAACCACCCUGUCUGCAAAAAGUACCUAGCAAUGAAGUGGGUUGCUUAUGGGAGCACAGCUCAUGUGCUCAACAUGUUUUUGUACCUGUUAGGCCUGCUGCCCCUGACUCACCUGAUAGUGACUCUGAGGCCCACUAUGAACACCACUCACACGGGCGAGCACAGUAUCAAAAUGGUACCCAUAUCUUUCACAGAGCAAAGUCUGUUCUUGUCCAUCUGCAUGGUGAUGGUCUUGGCAAUGAACAUCUACGCCAUAGCAAAGGAAGUGGUGCAGAUAUCACAACAGCGCUGGAAUUACUUCAAGGAUUACUCCAACCAGUCUGACUGGCUGUCAGCCAUCCUCUCUCUUCUGUUCGUCAUUCCCAUCAUGCUCAAUGCAGAGGGUUCUUUUCACUGGCAAGUAGGGGCGAUGGCGGUUUUAAACUCCUGGAUUGGAUUUCUCCUUUAUCUCCAGAGGUUUUGAGGUGUUGGCAUCUACGUUGUGAUGUUUUGGGAAAUUAUGAGAACACUGAUUCGUAUUGUAAUGGUGUUUUUGUACCUGGUGUUAGCGUUCGGUUUGGCGUUCCAUGCACUAAUGCUCAACCAGGAAGAGUUUCAGAGCGUGCCACUCUCUGUGAUGCAAACCUUUGUGAUGAUGGUUGGGGAACUGAACUACCAAAAUAACUUCCUGGAAGCUUUUCUGAAUGAUCAACUUCCUUUUGGUUUUCUGACAUACUUCAUUUUUGUGAACUUUGUUCUCUUCAUGCCAAUCCUGCUGGUGAACCUGAUGAUUGGUCUUGCAGUUGGAGACAUUGCUGAAGUACAAAGGAAUGCCGCCCUAAAACGAAUUGCUAUGCAGAUUGACCUCCACACCGCUCUAGAAGACAAGCUGCCUUAUUGGUUUGUGAAACGAGUUGACAAACCCUCCAUCACCAUCUACCCCAAUCGCAAGUGCUCCAGGCACUAUCUGAGGCAAUUAAUCACAGGUGACGAGGAGACUGAAGUCUGGAGUCGUCUGCAGGCCAAAUCACAGAGCUGCACUUUUUUAGAGAAUGAGCUCAAAAAGCAGAAGCACAGGAUGAAGGAGAUGUCAAGCUCGCUGGAGAAGCAGCACAACCUCCUGAAGCUCAUCAUCCAGAAGAUGGAGAUCACCUCUGAGGCCGAUGAGUACGAUGGUCCUGUGAACGUCAGAGGCAUGUGGCAAACCUUGACUCAGGCCAAACCAAGAAAACACACCGUGUCUCGGUGGGUCCCGCUAAUGAAGGCCAUCGAGUCCAAAAAGAAAUGAGGAGGAUGAGACAAAAAAAUUAGUUAUAACGACACUAUAAAAGUCUUGGUUUUAACUUGCAUAAUCAUAUGACACACAUCGCACAAUGUGAUUUAAUAUAUUAAGAUUAUAUGCAACAAUUUAAGUGCACUUAAUUGUGUUGUCUUUACUUGUGUCGUUUAAUACUGAAUAGGGUUGCAAACUGAAUUCAGAUCUAUGGUUUAAGUGGGUUGUUGUUAAAAUUGUCUUUGUGGGCUGAAACAGCCAUACCGAACAAGAUUUCUUGUCCUGUAUGGCUCUGUUAUGUUACACCAAUGACCCAUUGAUUUGUGGUGUGUCUGCAGACUCCUAUAACGCACAGUAGAUGUUUCUAUAAUGCUGUAAUGUGGUCUUUGUGUGUUAUAUGUACUUUACUUUUAUCUCUAAAAUAUGAUGUUCCAUAUUGUCUUUGUUUGUUACACCCAAUUAUUAAACAUGUCUGUGAUCUUAAAAGAGAAAGGAAUGGGUUUCCAUCAAAUUUCAGUUUGUUGGUUAGACACAGCAUGUGACGUAAGAUCCUCCCAUGCGUGAAUGAAUUAGUGUGACAACAAGGAUUUCUAUGAAGAAACUCAUAGCAAAAUUAUCUAUUUCCUUGGUGUAUUUGAAAUCUAUACAAAUGCAUCAAUAACAUGAAGACCUUCUUGUAGAAGCACGACAUAGAUAUAUAAACGUAUACUAGUUACAUGUUCAAUGAUGAGACAUAUAUUCUAAACUGUAUACAGUUGCAUGUUCAAUGGUGUUGGAUGAUGUAAACAAUUUCAAAACGUCUAUUAAAUUGAAAGAGUAUAGGAUUAUUUGAUUUUUGAUUAUGAAUGAAUCAAUGUGAUGUGUUUGAUGAAAGAGUCUCCAUAGUGACUAUAAGAUAGCAAGAUGGACUUUUUAAUACAUAACAAUAUACACAAUAUGCUU